AUGUACACACUAUCAAAGCUACCUAUUGAAAUACUCUACAGCAUCAUGGAUCAUUUGGAUACAGGCGAUGUCAUCACAAUGGCAAGGUUGAAUAGCUGGUAUUCCUAUCGAUUAUCGACUGUCAUCAGUGAAAGAAUCAGUCGAAAUGUUAAAUCCGAUGGCUGGAGAAUUCAUAUUGACAUUUUAGCUAAAUCAUAUCCGUCUUAUCUAGCCAAUCCAUCAUUUCCAUUUGCAACUGAACUGCUCUUAUUGAGCGAAUACUCUCAGAUCAAUCCGUCAACACUCACACUAGAGUUCAACCUGCUACCGAUAGACGACGAAGGUCUCGAUGCCAUUCAGUCUGCCACUCGUAGUCAAAGGUCCAUUGUACUGUUUGAUAAAAUCAAGACCAACGUGGACAUUGUAGCUUACUUUGCGCAGAUCUCCACCAAUCGAAGAUUACAGCAUGUAAAUCAAGCAGGCGCAGCUAUCAUGAACGAUAGGCAUCUCCUGUCAUCCGACCAAGAGAAAUAUGGCAUAGCUGUCAUGGGAACAGGGUUCAGAGUUCAGUACAACCUCACUACACAUAUACAAGACAUGUCAGCACUAGUCGAUCAGUUCAAGUCAGAUUACGAUCAACACAAGAACAAACUGGAUAGUUUAUCGCUGCAGGAUGAAGCUCCCGCUGUGAUAUCCUUUGACAAAAUACAUGUGUCGCCUGAAUGGUGGUUGAGUCAAAUGGAGAUUCCUGGCUACAGUAGCCAUGAGCAACAAGAACCACAAUUCUUGGAACAUGGCUAUUGGUAA